CUGCGGGUGUGCCAGUGGCCCGGGUCCCGCAGCGCCUGCAGUGCUGAGAGCAGCCACCAGGUGCCGCUAUGACUCUCAGAGCGCUCCGACUCCCACUUCCCCCUCCCGGAAAAGCAAAAGCUGAGGCCCCGGGUAACGCGGGACGAAACACCGAGGGCGCAGGGGUGGAUUCUGAGAGCGGAGGGCGGAGCUGAGGCCCGUGGCGCACGGCCUCCGUCGUGCCUCCCCCUCUACCGGAAUAUCUAGGUGGUGCGCUCCAGCCGGCUGCUGGCCGCGGCGCACGGAUGGGGCCGUGCGCAGCGAACUCCACCACCGCCGCGAUGCUGGGGCUGCUGGUGGCUUCGCUGACCCUGGCGCUCGCCUUCUUCGCGCUGCUGGAUGGCUGGUACCUGCUGCGCGUACCGUGCGCCUUGCUUCGUGCCCGCCUGCUGGAGCCGCGCGUCCGCGAUCUGCUGGCGGAGCAGCGCCGGGCGGGCCGCGUGCUGCCCUCGGACUUGGACCUACUCUUGCACAUGAACAACGCGCGCUACCUGCGCGAAGCGGACGUGGCACGCAUCGCGCACCUGACCCGCUGCGGCGUACUCGGGGCGCUGCGCGAGCUGGGGGGACACUCGGUGCUGGCCGCCUCCUGCUCGCGCUACCGCCGCUCGCUGCACUUGUUCGAGCCUUUCGAGGUGCGCACCCGCCUGCUGGGGUGGGACGACCGCGCCUUCUUCCUGGAAGCUCGCUUCAUCAGCCUGCGGGACGGCUUCGUGUGCGCGCUGCUUCGCUCCCGGCAGCAUGUGCUGGGCACGUCGCCUGAGCGAAUCGUACAGCACCUGUGCAAGCGCAGGGUGGAGCCCCCCGAGCUGCCAGAAGACCUGAAGCACUGGAUCACCUACAACGAGGUCAGCAGCCAGCUGCUCCGUGCCGAGAGUAGGCUCAGCGAGGACACGAAGGACCAGUGACUGCUGCCUGCACCCCACCGCACCCUGCCUCACCCUCAGCCUGGGGGCUGUUGGCCGCCCAUCCAGCCUGUCAGUUGGCCUGUCCUGCAGAACAGAUAUACCAGGCCAGGCUCCUAGGUGCAGUGGGCUUGUGACCGUCCAGCCACCUUCACCUGCCUGACCCCCUCUGUGUUGAGCCCUAUGCUGUGCUGGGGAGGGGCCAGCAUGAGCACCUUGACCCAGCUCUGUCCCUUGGCUGAGGGUAGAUGGGCAGAGAGGCACGAGACAGGGACCAGGGCAGGCCUGGGGCCUGCAUCUGACUCAGGGACAGCAGGGCUUCUGAUGGGUCAGAGCAGACUUGCCACAUAGCUUCCUGUGGCCUCUGUGAGGGUGGAAAAGCCUGGAGUGGAGUCAGGGACGUCAGAGGCCAGGACUGGGGGUAGAGGGACAGAAGCACUUGGAAGGAGGACUGACUAGUGCCUGCACCUCACCAUGGGUCCUCAAGGUUCCCUUGUACAGAGUUGGCCCCUGCUGCCUCUUCUGUCAGGCUGGGUAGGGGGACAGUGGGCCAGGAGGAUAUCACAUGGCACAGGGGCUCCUGGAGGGGCAGUAGGCUUCCCUUGCUGGGGAUGACCAAGUCAGGAAGCGGACAGAGCUAGAAGGGGGCUCUUAUCUGCCUGUGCCCAUCAGGACUGCUGUGUGACCUUGGGCUGGACCUUGCCCUCUCUGGGCACCUCUGGCCUUUCACCCCUUGAAGGCUGCCUCCCUGCACAGGAAGGGUCUUUUCACCUUUGUUUUACAGGCCGCUUGCUGUUGUCUGGCCAGACUCUGCCUGCAGCUGAUCUCAGGACUCCCUGAUGAGGAUGCUGGCCUUCUGGCUGGGGAACCCAGGCCUGGAGCAGACUGCAACUGCUGAGAAGCAAAGGCCAAGUGGGGCUGGCCGGAGGCUCUGCCAGUGGCCCCAGCUCUCAGAGGGUGCCCUGCUAGCUGGGGCACGGGCCAGGAGUCCUGCCUGGGGUGCGCUUGCCUGCUCAGGGCUGUUGCCUCUGCCUGUGCCCCUCCUUGUGCCCACUAUAGGGACUGCCCUGUAGCUCCAGUGGUGCCUGCUCCUCAUCCCCCCUUGCCUUAGCAUCAGCCACACGGAAAAGCUGCAAUCUUUGUUUUAAAGCACAAGAUUAAAGAAUUUUAAAGGUGCA